AUUAAUAUAAAAACAAUUACGUGUCAAUGUCAGUCCAUGAUUUAACUUUAUAGUUUGUAAGACGUCGUGUGUUUCCUUUCUUUUACAUCUUUCAUAAAUACUGAUAUUCGCUUGUGCUGAAUAUUGCACCACCCAUCGGCAUUUGUGUGUUUAAUCAUGAUGCAGUCGAGGGAGGAGAGGAGAGCUGAGUCACCAUCAGGUCUCGUCCUCACCACCGACCCUAAGCCUCGCCUUCGCUGGACCGCAGAGCUUCAUGAACGUUUCGUUGACGCCGUCACUCACCUUGGUGGCCCUGACAAGGCUACACCAAAGACGAUUAUGAGAGUGAUGGCUGUGAAGGGUCUUACACUUUACCAUCUCAAGAGCCAUCUCCAGAAGUUCAGAUUUGGAAAGCAACCUCACAAGGAACAUAGUCAUGGUCACUCCAUAAAUAUUAGGGAUAGUAACAAAGCUUCCAUGUUGGAUCUUCAAAGGAAUGUGGUAUUCACUACUCCACACAUCAUUGGUCGCAAUAUGAACGAGAUGCAAAUGGAAGUGAAAAGAAGAAUAGAGGAAGAGGUAGAAGUAGAAAGACAGGUUAAUCAAAGGAUUGAAGCACAAGGGAAAUACAUGGAGAGCAUGUUGGAGAAAGCAUGUGAAACACAAGAAGCAAGUCUCACCAAAGACUACUCUACUCUCUUUUUCAACAACACAUCACCCCUCCCAAUUAUAUGGUUUGAGGAUCAUUUUCCCUCGUCUUCCUCCUUGGACUCCACAUUGAAUCUUUCUGACAUCAAUCCCAACUUCUCCCUCCAAGAUUCUCUGAGUUCCAUCACCAAGAACCGUACGGUUUGUCUCGGUUAGAGAAAACAUUUAUAGGUAUAGCUAUUUGACGCUUUCUACUCUAGUGUUCUAAUGCGCAUUUGGUGUUAUAAAUGCACAAACUCACAUGUAAUAACUUCUGCCAAACAUGAAGUAGAUCUUUAUUUACCGCUCUAAUAAAUGUGAUGACGAAGAAGGCUGCCCCAUAAAUUUCCCAGUUCUCGUGUGUUUAUGUUAGAUUUGGGUUAAUUAUGGGCUUCCAACUUAAAAUUAAUUGGCAAUUAGUGGAUUGACCAUAACCCUUUAUAUAUUAGUAGAAUAAUUCUUAUAUUUCCGAUAUGUGAUGUUUAUCAAUACCCUUCUUCACGCUCGGACAUUUAGGUCUGAAGCGUGGAUAAUGUGGGAAUAACAUCCACAGAGAGCCCAACAUCGGUGUAGUAGUAGUUAUAGUAAAUUAGGUCAAAGGAUCUUAUCGCUCUAAUACCAUGUUAGAUUCGGGUUUAUUAUGGGCUUACAACUUAAAACCAAUUGGCAAUUAGUAGAUUGGCCCUAACCCUUUAUAUAGUAGUAGAAUAAUUCUUAUAUUUCCGAUGUGGGAUGUUUCUCAUCAAUACCCUCCCUCACGCUCAGACAUCUAGGUCUGAAGCGUGGACAAUUUUGGGAAUAACAUCCACAGAGGGUCCAACACCGGUGUAGUAGUAGUUGUAGUAAAUUAGGUCAAAGGAUCUUAUCGCUCUGAUACCAUGUUAGAUUCGGGUUUAUUAUGGGCUUCCAACUUAAAACCAAUUGUCAAUUAGUAGAUUGGCCCUAACCCUUUAUAUAGUAGUAGAAUA